UUUAAUGUUUAAUGAUUGUUAUUCUUGACAAAAGUGUUUUUCCUCACAUCUCACAUCUCAUUUUUUAAAGAUGAGGGUCAUUUAUUGUGUAUUGUUUAUAAUUGGAUAUUGUCAUUACACUAAAGCUAUAUCAACUUUAGGUUGUGGUGGCAGUACAUGUGGUGUAAAUGCUCGAUGUACAUUAAAUCAUAAAGGCGAGGGCCGUCCUGUAUGUUCGUGUUUACCAAAACAUAUUGGUGAUCCAUUGUUCCAGUGUACACCAGUUGAAUGCGUUGAUAAUGACGAUUGUCCGGAUCAUUUAACCUGCAGUGUGAAUAAUAAAUGUGUAAAUCCUUGUGAAAAUGCUUGCGGUUAUGGUGCUCAUUGCGAAGUAAGUCAUCAUUUACCAGUGUGCUCAUGUCCACCAGGUUUUACUGGUAAUCCAGGAUCCAGAUGUUCACCAGCUAUCCCACCUGAUCCAUGUUCACCCAACCCAUGCGGAAUCAAUGCUGAAUGUUCUAAUCGUAAUGGCGCUCCAUUAUGUAAAUGUUUACCCGACUUUUAUGGAUCACCUUUGACUGGAUGUCGUCGUGAAUGUACAAGCGAUGUCGAAUGUGGUUCAACUCAAAAUUGUGUCAAUUUCCACUGCAAGAACGCCUGUGACCAAUGCGGCAAAGGUGCUAUUUGUCAAAAUGUUGCUAAUCAUCGCCCUCUUUGCGUUUGCCCAGAGAAUUAUAAGGGAAAUCCUUUCGAAAUUUGUUUACCUGAAUGUACUUCACACGGAGAAUGUCCUGGCCACAAACCUGCUUGUUACUACAAUAAAUGUACAAAUCCUUGCGAAAAUGCUUGCGGUGUUGGAGCAAAUUGUGAACUCCGUGGAUUAACUCCAGUAUGUUCCUGCCCACGUGAUAUGACUGGAGAUCCAUUCGUACAAUGUCGUCCAUUCGAAAAACGUGAUUUAUGUGAUCCAAAUCCAUGUGGAGCCAACGCAAAAUGUACUCCAGGAUACGAUCGUAGUGGUCAAGAUCGUCCAGUUUGUACAUGUUUGCCAGGAUAUUUAGGUAACGGUGUUACUGGAUGUAUUCGUGGUGAAUGCGAAGUUGAUGAACAAUGUCCCGAUAACCGGGCUUGUAAUAACAACCAAUGUACGGAUCCUUGUAUUGGAGAAUGUGGUAGUGGUGCUCAAUGUUCUGCAAGACGUCAUCUUGCUGUUUGUACAUGCCCACCAGAUACUACUGGCGAUUCCUUAAAACAUUGUUACACUAAGACCAGAAGUUUAAAUUAUGGACGUAGUUAUAAUUAUCCUAGUUACGGUAGAUACUAUCGGUAUCGUAGAUAAGAUAAUUUUGGACAAUGAAUAUUUAUGGCUGGAAUAGUGUGUGAUAUAUAAUUUUCGAUCGAACUUAACGAAAUUUAUCCACUUUUUUAUUUUAUUUUUUUG